AUGUCAUCGUCAUCGCCGAAAACAUCAGGUAAUUACCAAACAAACUGUUGCUACCAGCAGUCAGCUUAUGGAAAUAACGUGGGGCAAUAUUCACUCUUACCUCCAACACAUCAUCCUCAUCAGCAACAACUAGUCAAUAACAAUGUUCAAGCCCUGUCGCCAACAUCUUUGUCUAUGGUUUAUGGAAAUCAGCAACCAACGAAUGCAUCGACUAUGUUACAAGCGCGUUAUCAGAAUGAACAAAUCAAUGAGAAAACUAGUAACAGUUUAACAUCAACGUUAGUAAAUGGACAGCAAGCAUCUAUGCCAAAUAAUUCCGCGACAUUGGCAGCUACGACGAACUAUCGGAGAAAUUUCAAUGCCUGUGCUAAACCACCUUAUAGUUAUAUUUCAUUGAUUACAAUGGCAAUACAAUUAUCACCAAAUCGCAUGUCUACUCUAGCUGAGAUCUAUCAAUUCAUCAUGGAUUCGUUUCCAUACUAUCGUCAAAAUCAACAGCGAUGGCAGAACUCUAUACGACAUUCGUUAAGCUUCAAUGAUUGUUUCGUCAAAGUACCACGAAGUCCUGAUCGACCCGGUAAAGGUUCAUAUUGGGCAUUACAUCAAGAAGCAACAAACAUGUUCGAAAAUGGAUGUUAUCUUCGUCGACAAAAGCGCUUUAAAUGUACAAAACGUUUACAACACGAUCGUGAUUCAAACAACAAUAGCCGACGUCACGGAAUCAACAAUAGUCUGGAUAAGUCAACAACAUCAACGGGCAGUGGUCAACGCAGUCCACUGUCAUCUGCAUCUGAUAAAUCAUGUGAUGAACAAUUGUUAGUUCUCCAACAACAACAGAGACCUAAUUAUAUGCAGCAGCAGCAGCAGCAACAACAACAACAACAACAACAAUCAUCGUUGGAAACGUUAGACUCUCGCGAUUUACAAGUUCUACCAACGGGAACAACUAUUGGCAUCAAACAACUCAAACAGGAACAGUGUGAAUUUAACCAGAUGCCAUUUGAUCCGCACACAUUUCCUGGCUAUUCACCGUUUGCAAUCAAUUCACUGAUAAUGCAUCAAGGCUUCGGUGACAAUCCAGCAGCAUUAAAUGCUUAUUACGCAUCGCAAUUACCCCAAACCGCGUUCGUACCGUCAUCAUCAUCGGAUUACUAUCAUCAUCCGGCAAUGUACGCGACUCAACCGAGUACAUUGUAA